GAGCACCACAUGAGCGGCGGAGCGGCAUGGCCAGCGAUGCGAGGAUGGGGGAGACCCCGCUGCAGUGGAGGAGAGCCCAGGAGGCAGCGCAGGAUGCCCGGGGGAUGGAGAGCAGUGGGGUGGUCCUGCCCCAGAGCACUGCCACCGAGCUGGGACUCCCGGGCUACCAGGAGCCCGGCAAGCUGAGCUACGGCAUGGAGAAGGGGUGUCCCUGGAGGAGCUCCGAGGGAUGCUUGGGGUCGGGCCGGGAGCUCACCGGUGGCCGGCUGGGCUACCCCUACCCACCGGCCCCGCCGUGCCGGCGGGACGCCCUGUGCCGCCCCAAGGACGGAGCCGAGCUCCCGCCGCUGCUGCCGCCGCCCAGGAACGGGCAACCCAAGGCGGGUUGGCCUGAGCCCUGCAAGGAGCGCCCGGGGCCGCGGUGGGCUGAGGCCGUGCUGGCCCCCCUGGCCCUCUACAGCCACGCGUACCACCGCUACCCCCUGCCCUUCCCAGGGCUGGAGAGCCAGCACCCCGGCACCACCGGCAAGCCCCGUGCCGCUGCAGGGGACGGGGUCAGCGACCCCCCGGCUUUCCGCCACUGCCCCUUCCUCGUGGAGGCCAAGCACAGCCCCUUCCUCCUGUCCUCGCUGCUGCCCACCGGACCCCCGGCUGACCCCCCGUUCGGCGGCGGGGGGCUGGAGGGACCGGGGGCGAUGGGCGAUGGGAGCUUCACCGGCAUGGACUGGCGCCUGGGCUCCUACGCACCCGCCUGGGGCCAGCCCCUCUACCUGGGUCUCCCACCGAGGUGCAAGGCGGCUCCGGCCCCCUUCGACGACGGUUCCAGCUCAGGGAACAAGGAGUUUUACCCGAAGAAAGAGCCCGGCUUCCACCCUCCGGCCAAGGACCAAGCGCCAUCGCAGCUGCUGGGCAAGGGCCAGGCGGGGCAGGACGGAGACGGGGAGGGGGAGCCGGCGGUGCCGGAGCUGCCGGAAGCCCUGUGGAGGGAUGGCCGAGCGGGGGGCAGCUCGGUGGUGACCGCUCCCCAUGCCCGCACGUCCCCCCCCAGCGCCAGCCACCCCCUCUUCCUUCUGCAGCCCAGCAUGGCGGGGGGCUGCGGGGGCCCCUGGGUGGGCACACGGCUCCACGCCGCUGAUUUCCCCCCAGAGCCGGGGCCAGGCCGGCCCUCUGAGCCCAAAGAUGAGUGCCUGGUGUACCAAAGUCUCCAGCCCGGCUCGCCGCCGGGACCGGGGGAGCCCGACCCAUCACCUCCGCUCACGGACGGACACUACCCACUGGCCCUUGCCAAGCCGGAGCCACCCCCGGCUUGUCUCUGCACCACACCGGGCUGCGAUGGGUGCCCGGGGGUGGGCUGCGGGGUGCUCGGUCCCUUCGAGCCCACCCUGGGCAUCCCCGGGGGCCGUUUUCCAUGCCCACCCAGCAACCACACCAAGCUGAAGAAGACCUGGCUGACGCGGCACUCGGAGCAGUCGCUGCCGCGCUGCAUGGCUCCCCGGCGGGACAGUGGCCCCGAGUCAGGCGGCGAGGGCAAGCGCUCGGCCAAGCGCCCGCACGGCACUGCCGACGGACCCCGCGCUGCCGGUGAGGGUGCUGGGGCGGCCAAACGUGGCACGAAGGCCACCGAGCGCGUGGCUGUGGCAUGCCCGGGUGAUGGCACUGAGAGUGGAGGGGACCCGGAGAAGAGGAUGAUGGAGCUGGGAGAGGGAGACUCGCCGAGCCAUGCCGGCCCAGAACCGCAGGAGCCGUGGUGCCUGCAGAGCGUGCCCUGCACCGCCCUGCCCGAGAGCAUCCCGCGGUGCUGUGCCUGCGCCGUCCGGGCCGCGGGGGACCCCGAGGGAGAGGAGGAGGAUCCCCCCGAGAGCACCUGCAGACUGCUGCACUUCCGCAGGUUUGCCUUCGGGGACGGCGGGGAGCUGAGCGUUGAUGGCUUCUGCACCCUGGGGGAGGCGGAGAGGGAGAGGCUGCGGCUGGAGGCGGCCGGCCCCGAGCGAGGGAGCAGGAGCGCGGGCAGCAGCCUCUGCCUGGCCAAGUACUUGCUGGGGGUCCUCGGGGACCCCUUCUGCGAGGCCGUCCGCAGGGACAGGGACACGUGGCCGGGAGCCCCCGGUGGGCCCGAGGGGGUGACAGCCUGGAGGCGGGGGGAAGGAGCCCCCCAGCUCUGCGAUGCCUGCCAGCGCGGCUUCUUCAACUCCCACUGGAGCUGUGCCAGAUGUGGCUUCCAGCUGUGCCCCGACUGCCACCGCAGCAGGCGGGAGGCUGACGGCCACGAGGGUCUGGUGCAGCCGCCUGAGUGCAUCCCUGGGCAAGACCACCACGUCGCAUCCCUCGUCCCCACACAGUUCAUCCCCACCUGUGUCCUGACCCGACUCUGGAAGCUUCUGCACGAGGUCCGGGCCAAGUUCGGCAUCGAGUCGCGCUGUCCCUGCAGGGAGGGGGCUGUGGAGCAGAGCCCAGCAGAGCCCCCGGGGAGCAGCCAGCUGCCAGGGGCUGCAGAGCCCACCCUCCCACCCAGCAGCGAUGGCCAAGCUGACACCUCCCGGCCCAUCAAGGAAGAGAUCCCCGAGGAGGGGCCACCAUCGCCCGUUCAGCCGCCCCCCCGGGGGGCCGUGCAGACGGCCACCCUCUGCGACCUCCUCGCCUCCACCGCCGUCAAGCUGUGCCUGGGGCAGGACGGGGUGCGCAUGGCCUUCGCCCCCGUCUCGCCCGCCUUGCCCAACGACAACCGCUUGACCAGCAUCUUGGACAGCAUCAUCGCUCGCGUGGUGGAGAGGAAGAUCCAGGAGAGGCAAGUGGGGGGCGAGCUGAGCCCCCCCAGCCCACCCGGUCCCCCCGGCCCCCCCAGCUCCCACUGCACCCUGGCACCCAGCGGGCUACUCUGGCUGCACGACCCCGGCCACGCCAGCAACUACAAGCUCUUCCAGGAGCACUGGCAGCGGGGCCAGCCCGUCCUUGUUUCAGGGCUGCAGAAGAGGCUGGAGGGGCAGCUGUGGGGGCCGGAAUCCUUCCGCCCGGCCCGGGGGGAGCAGGCGGUGGAGGCGGUGAACCUGCGGGCACCGGUGAGCCGCGUCAGGAUGAGCAGCCGGGACUUUUGGGACGGCUUCACCGCCAGCGCGGCAACCCCGCAGCCGGAGACGGGCGGUGGGGACCUGCUGAAGCUGGAGAGUGGCUUUGGGGACAUGGAGCUGUGCCGGCGUGCAUCCCCAGGACCGGACCAUUGGGACCAAAAACCUGACGGUGGAGGCAGCCGACUCCAUCAGCGUCCUGGUGCACGCCGCAGCAGGGCUGCCCGAGCGGCCGGCGGCACAGCAGGUCGAUGCCGACGGUGUGGAUGCGCCGCUGAAGGAUCGGCUCUGGGAUGCCGACAGCCGGCCCGGUGCCCUGUGGCACAUCUUCCGUGCCGAGGAUGCCAGCCGCAUCCGAGACUUCUUGCAGAAGGCGUGCAAGGACCAAGGGCAGGAGGGGGCGGCCACGGCGGAGCCCCCCAACCACUACCUGGACCUCUCACUGCGGAGACGGCUGCGUGAGGAGUGUGGGGUGAGCGGCUGGACCCUUCUCCAGUUCCUGGGGGAUGCGGUGCUGGUCCCCGCCGGGGCUCCCCACCAGGUGCAGAGUCUCACCGGCACCAUCAGCGUGGAGCAGCGGUUCCUCUCGCCGGAGAACACCGCUCGCCUCCGGGACUACAGCACCCACCCGCCCGGGGCCGCGCGCCAGCUCCAUGCCCAGCUGGACGGCAUGAUCUUCUCCGCUGUGCGGGAGGCCGUAGGAGUCCUGCGGGGCUACAAGUGAGGGCCACGGCACGCCGGGAGGAUGCUCGAACAAAGCCAGCGCUGCGGGCCACGGCCACGGCCGAGACGCCGCGGGGAGCCGGGGCCGGCCACCCCUCGCUUGGUGCUUUGCUCCGUGAUCGCCCAGGGGUGCUCGGGGUGGGAGCGGGCAGCUGGGGAAUAAAGUGUCUGCAGCGUGCCGGGGCCGCCGGCAGCACCAGCGCUCGCCUUGGCCUCUCCCUCCUGCGCCGCGUCGGCCCAUUCAUCCCCAUCCCCGGUCAGGGAUGCCCCGGUGGCCCGCGGACGGGCGCCCUGCAGUCCAGCACGCCCUGGCCCCCCCAGCCCGCCGAUCCCUGCCCUUGGGCCAGCCCUCCGUGCACCCCGCAGCCCAGCGAGCCCUUCUCCUACCCCACCCCGGGCAUCCCCCAGUCCAGCAGGCCCCUCUCCCCCAGCAUCCCCCAGUCUAGCCGCCCCUUUCCCCCCAGCGUCCCCCAGUCCAGCAAACCCUUUCCCCCCUACCUCCUCCAGUCCAGCAAACCCUUCGCUUACUUCAGCUUCCCGUGCGUCCUGCAGUCCAGCCAGCCCUUCCUCUACCGCAGCUCUCCCUGCAUCCCCAAAUCCAGCGAGCUCUUUCCCUACAGCCCCCUCUACACCCUGCAGUCCAGCCAGCCCUUCCCCUACUGUGCCCCCCCAUGCCUCCCCCAGUCCAGCAAGCCCUGCCACUACCGCAGCCCCCCCCGCCUCCCCAAGCCUAGCGACCCCUUCCCUUACUAUUUCCCUUCCUACGCGCUGCAGUCCAGCCAGCCCUUCCCCUCCUGCGCCCCCCUGGGCGUCCCCCAGUCCAGCAGACCCUUUCCCUACUGCACCCCUCCCUGCAUCGCGAAGGCCACCGAGCUCUUCCCCUGCUACGUCCCCCCCCAGCCCAGCAGAUCCUUCCCCUGUUACACCCCCCUCCACGUCCCCCAGUCCAGCAAGCCCUUCCCCUCCAGCACCCCGCAGCUCCUGGGAGACCCCUUCCCACAUUGCACCUCCCCGUGCACCCCGCAAUCGCCGGACCCCCUCCCUCAUCGCCUCCUCCAGCCCAGCCAGCGCCGGGGCUCCCUGUCCCCCCGCCUGCACGUCUGGGGGGUGCCCUCCCCACCCCAAAACCCCGCUACCCCCUGA